AUGUCUUGCCACAGCUGCUCUGCCAACUACAGCUUGGGAUCCCUCGGCAAUCCCUGCCAUCUUCCUCUCGCCUCCUCCAUCACCCUCUGUCCUACGGGCGUGAGCUGUGGUGAUGUCCUCUGCCUGCCCAGUAACUGUCAAGACCAUCUCCGGCCUCUGGACAACUGCCAAGAGACCUGCGGUGAACCCAGCAGCUGCCAGCCAGCCCACCGUGAGCCCAGCAACUUCGAAACUUCUUGCUGCCCGUCUACUAUGUAUUAUGUGUCCAGACCCUGCCAAGGAACCACUUUUCUUCCUGCUGCCUCUUACGUCUCUGGCUCCUGCCUCCCCAUCUCCUACAGACCUCUGACUUAUGUGUCCAGCAGCUGCCGACCCCUGAGCCUCCCUACUUAUGGAUGCCGCCCCUUGGGCUGUUUGCCCUGUAAUCCUCAACCACUUCAAGUUGUGCCAAGUGGCCUCAGACCUCUGCGUCCGCUCUUGGGUGGGUGCCAACCUCUGACCCACGUGUACAGCACUUGCCGUCCAUCCUGCUCUGCACCGGGAGGCCAGUAG